CCGGAUUCAGCACAAACUUCACUCUCAAGUCACAAAUUCACCCUCAUACACCACUACAAUAUAUAUAUAUAUAAUAUUGUACCUAUAUUUAUAUAUAGCCUACAUAUACAGAAGAGAGAGAGAGAGAGAGGGAGGGAGGGAGGUGCCAUUAAUUAAUGGAUCAGGACCAGCCACCAGGGUUUAGAUUCUACCCAACUGAAGAAGAGUUGAUUUCAUUUUAUCUGCAGCAAAAGCUUGAAGGAGGAAGACAAGAUCUCAACCGGGUCAUCCCCGUUCUAUACAUUUACCAGUUCAAUCCAUGGGAUCUCCCAGACUUCGCCGGAGAGCGCUGCCGGGGAGAUUCCGAGCAGUGGUUUUUCUUUAUCCCUAGGCAGGAACGAGAAGCCAGCGGAGGACGGCCGAACCGGCUCACCAUUUCCGGGUACUGGAAAGCUACGGGGUCGCCCGGUUUUGUGUAUUCUUCCGGCAAUCGAAUCAUCGGAGUCAAGAGAACCAUGGUUUUCUACAGAGGUCGAGCUCCGGCUGGGAGGAAAACCGAGUGGAAGAUGAAUGAAUAUAGGGCCAUUGAUGGGGAAGCAUCUUCUUCAACCAAUAUUGCAGUUCCAAAGUUGAGGCAAGAGUUCAGUCUGUGCCGAGUUUACAAGAAAUCAAAAUGCCUGCGAACUUUCGACAGACGGCCAGCGGUGGCAGCGGCCAACCUAGCUCCCCGCGCCGACGAGGCAUCCGCCUUGUCUCAUCCCAGCCAUGCAGCCAGCAGCAGGGAGAUCGGAACAAACUCUCCCGGUGAGAGCUCCUCCUCCGGCGACCAUGCAAAUAACCCAUGUCAAACCGCCGGCAGUGCCGGUAGCUGGGAUUUCGCCAGCGCCGACAUCAACGAGCCAAUGUGGGAUUGGGAUCAACUGAACUGGUUCUAACAGAAUAAUCAAAUAUAUGAAUUAAUUAGAUCCAUCCGUAAUUAGAUUGAAAUAUGGAUCAUCUGUAUCACAGCAGAAAUAUGAAGCUUUUCAUGCAUUAUAUAUGUUUAAUUCUUGCUUUCUUUCC